GCUCUCAUCAGAGCAAUCUGCGUAUUUAGUCAACUUUGGAGUAGAUUGUGCAGCAGAAAAACCCACGACGUAAUGGAGGAAGUUAAGAGUGAGAAGCAAACUGGUCAGCAAGAUACAGCAAGCAAAACCAAUCUUCAAUUUAGUCAACCGAUCCGUUGCAUUGUAAAACUAGGAGGAGCUGCUAUUACUCGCAAAACUGAACUAGAGAUGAUAAAUGAGGAAACUCUUCAGAAGGUAUCAGAACAGCUUAGGCAAGCGAUGAUUGCAUCUUCGGCAAAGCCUCCUGGGAUGGAUUGGAGCAAGAGACCUGGAAAACCAGACAUUUCUUGUAAACCUGAAGAGUUUGGUGAUCAUUCAGCUGGGGACUGUAAACGUUUCAUUGUUGUUCAUGGAGCAGGUUCUUUUGGGCAUUUUCAAGCUAGCAAAUCUGGAGUUCACAAAGGACAAUUGCAUAAACCACUUGUCAAGGGUGGUUUUGUUGCCACCCGUAUUUCUGUAACCACCCUAAAUCUUGAAAUUGUUAGAGCACUAGCCAGAGAGGGUAUUCCUUCAAUUGGAAUGUCUCCAUUUUCAUGCGGAUGGAUUACCAGUGAGAGACAUAUGACCUCAGCAGAUUUUUCCAUGGUGGCUAAGACAGUUGACUCUGGUUGUGUACCAGUUUUGCACGGAGAUGCAGUGCUUGAUGAGAUUCAGGGGUGCACUAUCUUGAGUGGAGAUGUUAUCAUAAGUCAUCUGGCAGCACAGGCAAAGCCAGAAUUUGUUGUUUUUCUUACCGAUGUCUAUGGGGUAUAUGACCGUCCACCAACAGAACCUGAUGCAGUACUCCUAAAGGAGAUAGCUGUUGGUGAAGAUGGAAGCUGGUCUGUUGUGAAUCCGAAGUUACAGAAUUCAAUUGAGCUAACAGUUGCAGCUCAUGACACAACUGGUGGGAUGGCGACGAAGCUAUCAGAAGCUGCAAUGAUAGCAAAACUUGGGAUUGAUGUCUACAUUGUCAAAGCAGCAACAAGCCACUCAUUGAGGGCCUUAAAUGGAGAUCUUAGAAGCAGCAUCCCGGACGACUGGCUCGGCACGGUGGUCCGGUCUCUCAAAUAGCACUGCCAGCCACCAUCUUAGGCACGUAUAUUUGAAAGCACACUUGUUCUCAAUUUCUUAUGGUAAGUUCAUUGUUAAACAGCAAAAAUUAGUUAGAGUUCUAUCAUUUUUUUUCCCCCUGUUAAAUUUGUUAAUAGAAUUAAAGUUGGUAAUUUGAAUCAAGCCCGAUGGGCCAAUCUGAAUCUACUCAAAAAAUUUAGAGCUGAACCUAAAAAACAUUAUUUUUUUAAUAUUCGGGCCUGAAUAGGCCUGAAUGAUUGGGCUUGGCUCGAAUACUAAAAUAAAAAAAAUAAAUUUUUAAAAAAUAUAUAAAAUAUAAUAAAUAUUAGUUAAUUCUUUAAGGUUUAUAACAUUUUAUGCUAAAAUAUUAUAUAUUUGAGUGCGUUAUUAUAGUUAUUUUAAAAAAAUUAAAAAAAUUUAUAUUUUCAUAAUUUUAUUAUUUUUGAUCAAUAAAAUCUCAAAAUAAUAUUUAAAAUGUAUUUUAAUUUUGAUUUUUAUAUUUUUAAGAUCUUUUUUUUUAAGUUUUGAGUCCUCUGCAUCAUUUGCGUAUUCAAAAAACAUAUUUUAUAUUUUUUAUAAAAUAAUAUAAUUAUUUUUAAAGUAAAAAUAAAAUUAAAAUUUGGGCUUGUAUGAAUUUCCGACUUUACUAUUAAAUAAAUAUAGUAAAUAAAAUAUUCUUAAAUUAUUAUUUGGUUGUCGUUUAUGCGAUAUUUGAUUAAAAAUUAAUAAUGAAUAGAGUUAAAAUUUCUUAUAUGUAAGGGUUAAAUAAUAUAAAAAGUUAAAAAAAUAAUUCCAAAAAAAAAAUAGUAUUUCACUCAUGAUUUUGUUUUAUAUAAUAUAAAGAUGGUUGAUUUUUUUUUUUCAUAUUCUUAAAAACAAAAGGCACAGUUUAUUCAAAAGUUAAUUAUAUUUAAAAAUAUAAUUUAGUUAAAAUAUAUAAAAUAUUUAUAUAUGAGCCUGACAAGAGCAAUAUUGAAACAGCUAAAAUAUUAAAUUAUAAGUAAAGAAAAUAUUUAUGAAUAAAUUACACAUAAUACAAUAAAACAAUAAUAGAGUUACUUAAGUAUAAAGUUAAUAAGUUAUUAUUUUAUUUUUUUAAAUUAAAAUAAUAUUUUAUGUUUAAUAAAAUUAUUUAAAUUUUUUUUAAAAAAAUAUUUUUAAAAAGCGUCAGAUAUUCGGGCUAGCCCGAAUAAACCUAAAAUCUGAAAGUGUAAGGGUUGAAUUUAACUAUAUGAGCUUUUAGAAAGGGUAGGAUGCAUUAAAUUCGAUUUAAAUAAGUCUGACUUAUUUGAGUUACCGACUCUAAAUAGAAUCAUGAUGGAUGAAAGAAUAUUUCUUGAUGUGAUGUGUUAUGAGAAAUGACUAUGUUAUAAUUAA